GUAUAAGUUGGUUAAUGGUGAUGAACAUAAAACUUUCGUUUAUAGACUUUCAAAGCCAAAGAAAUCAAGUGGAAGAAAAAAAAAAUCUUUCUUUUGAAAAGCUUUGUAUAAUCUGGAAAAGGCCCGCUAUUGAUCGUAAAGCUAGAAUUAGGAUUGUGAAGGUAAAAAUGAGUAGUAUCUCUGAUCAUAGCCAUUCAAUGGAAGAAAAUGACAUGCGUAAACGGUCAAAUUUAUUAAAG